GACUGUCAAAACUAAACAUUGGUCUGUCACUGACUGCACAGAGACUGAGCUAGCUAGAGCAGCGCUGUCAAAUCAAGUUAGCCAGGGCUAGUGUUAGGAUUACGACACCUGACUAAAAAAAACUAAAAACCUGGGGACCAAAAUGUGCGUUUGGUUGAGUUGCAGCUGAGCUUUAGAAAGUUAGACAAAACUUAGCUAACGUUAGACUGACAGAUAGCUUGUCAGUUUAGCCUAGCCAUGACAGGGACGAGUUUAUUCCUAUGUGAACCACUGGGCUUCAGAUUGCACAAAUUGCUUCAGAUCUAAAGAGCACUGCCGGGUGAUGGUUCAUUUGUAAGAUUAGUUUAUUUGAGCAAAAGGCUAAACUCUAACCCAAAGGUUAGCCUGCUAGCAAAACCACGGACUAACCCCGAAUCUGUUUCUGUGUGGAAUUAUGAGCACCAGUAAUAUUUAUGCAAGUCGCAAACGGAGGAAACCUGUCCAGAAAAGUGUGCAGCAGUCUCCUCCUGAAUGUGUCAAAUCAAAUCCAUCCAAACGUCACCGGGACCGGCUGAAUGGAGAGUUGGACAGGUUGGCCAACCAGCUUCCUUUCCCACAGGAGGUUAUAUCGAAGCUGGACAAACUCACCAUACUGAGGCUCAGUGUGAGCUACCUGAGGGCCAAAAGUCACUUCAAUGUGACCCUGAACUCAAAUAACUCCAAUCAGCUAGCAAGUAACACUAAACCACACAUUCAGGAGCUGCCAGAGGGAGAACUUUUGCUACAGGCUAUAAAUGGUUUUGUGUUGGUGGUCACCUCCAAUGGCACAAUCUUCUAUGCUUCUUCAACCAUUGAGGACUACUUGGGGUUCCAUCAGUCGGAUCUCAUCCAUCAGAGUGUUUAUGAGCUCAUUCACACUGAAGACCAGGCUGAGUUUCAGAGGCAGCUCCACUGGGCGCUCAACCCCAGCUGCACCCCAGACACCAGACAGCUAGUACAAGCUUCCCAUGAUGCACCACUGCCUCAGAUGCACUACAGUCCAGAGCAGUUGCCACCAGAGAACUCCACCUUUCUGGAGAGAAAUUUUGUUUGCAGGUUAAGAUGUCUUUUGGACAACUCAUCUGGCUUUCUUGCCAUGAAAUUUCAGGGGUGUUUGAAGUUCCUGUAUGGGCAGAAUGAAAGGACAGCAGAAGGCAAACCCAUCCCUCCUCAGCUGGCUCUGUUUGCCCUGGCCUGCCCUCUGCAGCCGCCAUCCAUACUGGAGGUCCGCAUCAAGAAUUGCUUUUUCAAAACCAAGCAUAAGCUGGAUUUCACGCCCACCGCGUGUGACUCAAAAGGGAAGAUUGUUCUUGGCUACACGGAGGAAGAGCUUUGUUACAGCGGCUCAGGCUAUCAGUUCAUCCAUGCUGCUGACAUGCUCUACUGCGCCGAGAACCACUUACGGAUGAUGAGGACGGGUGAAAGUGGGUUGACUGUUUUCAGACUGUUGACCAAACAGAACCUCUGGGUUUGGGUACAGUCCAACGCCAGACUUGUCUACAAAAAUGGGCAACCAGAUUGCAUUAUCGCCUCUCAGAGAGUCAUGACGAAUGAGGAGGGUGAGGAGAACCUGAGAAAGCGUGCUAUGAUGCUUCCCUUUAGCUUUACUACAGGAGAGGCUGUUCUCUAUGACAUGAACCUGCCCAGAUCUCUGGGUAACACCAUACCUUCUGAUAAAACUGCUCUGGAUGACAGUACCCAACCCAGAACCACUGGAACUGUAGACCCUGACUCCCUGCUGGGCUCCAUGCUGAAGCAGGAUGAGUCAAUAUAUUUGUGUCCUGCAGAUGAGUGCUCACUGUCAGUACAGGGCUUUGGGAAGGAGUAUCAAGGUGGGAUCUUCUCCAGUAACUGGCAAGAAAGUUCUCUUUUCAAACAAGAGCCAUUCGUCAGUUCUGGAGGAGAUGACAGCUGUGAGAUACUGAACUUCAUGGGGAGUUUAGGGAUCAGCCCAGAAGAGCUGAAGUUCCUUAAAGACGAACUGUUCCUCAGGAUUGACCUUGAUGGUUGGAAUGACAUGGCAGACCUCACAGAUGGCAUCUUCUCCUAUGUACAACACACUCUCAGGACAAAGACAGACUGUACAGUGUCUGGUGACAAUGUGAAGGAGAAGGAUCUCAUUGGAAAGCCUGUCCAGACAUUCACACCUCCACAGCAAGCGUCUGCAUUUCUCCUACAGGAUUCAUAUGAUCCGCUCACAUUAAUACCUCAGGAACAACAGAUGACUUUUAUAACAGAACAUCCUGAACCAAAGACACAACAUGUCACACAAAUACAAUCUCACGUUGAACUGCAGGCCAUAUCAGAUCUCCAGAACAAUUAUCAAGGACACCAGCACAAAAUUUCUCAAUUGUACAGUGGGACAGGAGUCACACAAUGCCAACUUUCACAAAUAACAUCCCAUAAACAUCAGGUUCAGACGAUGAGCCAACAGUUGCAGUGCUCAUACGUUCCACCUCUCCAUCCACUGGAAUGUAGAACACUCAGAAAUGCUCAGGUCAGCGACACUCAGCAGGUUCCUCCCCUCUUCCAGCCAGAGCUUCAGCAGCCUGGAUGCUUUUACCUGGAGACACCCCCUCUGGUUCUGAAGCACCCUUACAGGAACCGUCUGAGCACCAUGUCUUUAAGCUGCUCCCAGCAGCACUCUUCACCUUACAUCACUGCAGAUGAUAUAGGUAUGAGCAAGUUCACUGCUCAGGAUCUUGAGGAGCUGCUCAGUGGCCUGGAUGGUGAUGUGAAGAGGACCGGGCACUCAGGACCAAACAGAGGAGUGGGUGUCGGAUUGAGCCUGGAUCAACAAGAUUAUAUAGGCCAGUUUCAGAAUGGAGGCCACACAAACUAUGCAAUGGAGAGUAAUACGACACAUUUGACUCAACAUCACGACCAGUGUCAGAACAACAACAGAUCUCAUCUAAACCUGUCUUUAGGAGAACACAUGUGACUGAUCAGCUGACCAUCAUGAAGAAACGGAGCAGAAAAACUUUGUGGCACUUGGUUCAUACCUAUCAGUGUUCACCAUGCUCUGGUCUGGGAUGAUCACUCGAUGUGGUCAAAUGAACCCAUAAUGCCUGGGCCAGAAAAGAGCACCAGCAGAGGACAGGAUUAGGAGGAGGAAGCAGAAAUUGGGGUGAAGGCUGAAAGGCUGAAAAUGGACAAAGUAAGGUACAAAUGUCCUGUGGCUCAGCAUGACAUCUAAGAUGAAUGAAGAACCAGCUUGUUUGUAUCAGUUAGAUAUUAGAAUCAUUCAUCAGUGGCUUCCCUUUUAUAUGAACAGUGCUGUCACAGUACUUUGAUGAAUGUCUCUUUAAAUGUCUCACAAGAUUUUGCAAAUCUAUUGGCCUGCCAAAAGCAUGUCCCAAAGCAAUAUAUACAGUAUGCACUAACUGUAAAUAGCCUUCAGCAAAUGCCAAACAAGCCAUGUUUUUUUCAAAUAUGCAGUAAUGUUUAGAAAGUAGGACAACACAUUUAUCUAAUUUGCAGCUCUUCACAUGCUAGCUUGUUUACUCUAUAAAAUGAAGUCUGAGGCCAAAUAUUGUAUAGUAUAAGAUUUAUUUGGGUGAUUUACUCGACACUGUGACUUCCUGUCAACAGUAUUUUCAGUUGAGCUGAGGAUUUUUAAACGUUUUUGUGGGUGCUUUUAUUCCCUUCACUUUUUUGAAUAAUUGAAAUCAUUAAAUGAAAGUUUUUUUCUUAGUAUUUUUAGUAUAGCAUUUUGUAAUGAUUAGGAGUACUGAUGAGUAAUCGGGAACCUGUGUGGGUCUCCCUAGACUGUCAUUUGUAUAAUAACUUAUAAUUUUCUGAUCAUUUAUUUUUUGAGUGAAGCUAUUGUAGACAAUCAGACACAUGUAGCACUUAUGAAAAGAUGAAUUCCGCUGUUUAGCUUCAGAGGAGACACAGACUUUUACCAAACUGUAAAUCAAACAGAGAAACAAAAAUGUAUUCAUAAAGUAUUUAAAUUGUUAUACAAACAGUUGAGAUAUUUUGAUGGAUGACCAAACUUGAAAAACCAAGACUUGGAAGUUUAUUAAUGCUUCUAAAAAAAGGGGUUUGUAAGAUUUAUUUUUUUAUUAUAUUUUGAAAGAUGCUUCUUAUUUGAUUAUUUUCAGCGGUCAUUACUCCAGUAUAUUCAGUGUCACAUGAUCCUUCAGAAAUCAUUCUAAUAUGCUAAUUUUAUUCUAUAGCAUUCUAAUAAUUGCUAAUUGUGCUGCUAAAUAAUUUUGUGGAAACCAUAAUCAUUUUUUUUUUCAGGAUUCUUUUAAUAUAAAGUUCAAAUAAACUGCAUUUUGCCUAUAAUGGGGGUCUCUCACAUUACGUUGUAAAUGUCUGUACUGUAACUUUUGAUGAAUUAAAAGUGUCCUUGCUGAAUAAA